UCUCAUUCGCGCCGGUGACGACAAAGGGCCCUCGUAGAAACCCUAGUUUUUCGUCUGAGAUCGGCGUUGUUCUCAAUCGAUAAUGGCUGCAAAACUUCUUGCUAACUUGCUAGUAAUGGGCUCUGGAAUACUCGGGAGGGCUGUGUUCCAAGCAUAUCGUAAAGCACUUGAGAAUGCGAACAAAACUGGAGUUGCACAAGAAACAGUGAAGAAUGUCUUCAAAUCAAGCAGAGCUAUGACCGAACAAGAAGCCAGGCAAGUUCUUGGGGUCACCGAGCACUCCUCAUGGGACGAGAUCAUGCAGAAAUACAACUCAAUGUUUGAAAGGAAUGCCAGUGGUGGGAGCUUUUAUCUCCAAUCCAAAGUUCACAGGGCCAAAGAAUGUUUAGAAACUGUGUACAAGCAAACCAGUGAUUGAAGGAACCUUUUAUUUCUUAAUAUGUUCCUCUUGCUGUCCUCUAACCACUGGCUGUUGUAAAUCACAUUUAGAUAUUUUCAUUUUCACAUUGUGAAAUAAAUACCUGUUUUCAUUUUACCUUUAA